AUACUGAAGCACGGACUGGGAGAGAAGAGACCCUUUCCUUCCUUACUGGAUUUAUUUGUUUGUAACAUUUUUCCUGUUCUUUUCUCUUUUAUUGACCAUUUGUAUCCGAAUGCCUGCGACUUGCCCGGACGGUCCCCACUUUCAAGGGAGGGAGAGUUGGCUGACAUGACAGCAUGUGAAGAGUGGGGAUUCCUUAAGAAGAAGGAUCAGGAUGUGGCUUUUCACAGUUGGUUCACCAUGGCAGGACAUGUCCAGUGAUCACACAUUCUGUUCCAGUUAAAGAUUUGUCUUCUUUUUUUCUAUUUUUGGAGUUGACAGACUAGUUACCACGUCUAACAGACCGUAUUACCCUUUGUCUGUCAGUGGAUUUCAUGGACGACCGUUGGGGAUCUUUGCUUGUAAUCUGCUGCUGUGCUUUCAAUGACUCAAUGCAUUCUCUACUCCAGCUUAUACCCUUUGGAUAUUAUCUGAUUGCUUACUUUCUGUUGGAUUUCAUCCACUAAGUAUUUAUACUUACUACUUGUUGGAUAUUGUUGGGAAAUAUCUGUAGGGAUUUCUUUCUGCUGGAAGUUCAACUCUGCCAGUGAGUGCCCUUGAUAGGGUUGAUUCUCUGCUCUGCUAGAGGAGUCUAGGUGGGUUUUUCCUCUGAGAAAAUGGAUGGACCUCGGUCCAGUGGGCUCCGCAAAAAGAGGAAGUCUAAGUCCGAGAGGGAUCGGGGACGGAGAUCAAAUGGGAUAAGGAACAACAACCAUGUGAGGGGGGGCUCUGUGGGGCUGCGCUUCUCCUCGGAUUCAGAGAGGGAGGAAGGAGGCAGGAACCCCUCUUCCUCCCGUCCAAGGCCCCCCAGGAGAAAGAGAAAGGAGUCUACAUCCACUGAGGAGGACAUCAUAGACGGCUUCUCCAUCUCUGGUUUCAUGACGCUGGAGGCGUUGGAGAAGGACCUGUCCCUGAAGCCCCAGGAGUGCAGGGAGAACCAGGAGAACCAUGAGGAGAACCAGGCGGGGCCCCCCCUGCACAAGAAAAAUCCCCCCAGGGUCCCUAACGGAUUCAGCCUGGACUCCCGCAAAGCCCACAACAACCACCUUAACAACCACCACAACAACCAUAGCAACCGUCACCAGCACUCUGACCAGGAGAACAACAACCCACGCCUGGCUGCUCACACCAACGGCAAGAAGAAGAACAAGAACAGCCUGCAGAAGAAACACAGGCCACUGAAGCCAGGACAGAACAACUGCAAGGACAGCGACAGCGAGAGCGUGAGCGUGAGCGGAGGGUCCAAGCCUUUUGUCGGAAGCAGCUCCAGAGAUAGGCUGAGUGACUGUGACAGUGAGAGCGACCAGGAAGACAAGGGCUCCGAUGCCAGCUCAGAGAAAUUAUUCAGCACCGCUGCAGUUAAAGUUCCAGAUUUCAGCGUCGAUGCGCUGUCCACCAAUGACAUCCAGGAGCGUGGUGGCCUGGGCCUCCCCAAGGUGUCAGGCCUAGAGCGCAGCCAGGAGAAGAGCCAGGAGAGCUGCAAGGACGUCCCCGUGCCUCUCCCCACACCCAGUGCCCCCCAGCAGUCCCUACCCCCGCAGCCCCACGCGGCCGGCCGCCCACAGACCCUGCCUCUGUCCCUACCCACCUUCCAGGCCCAGACCUCUCUCCCCGGUCCCCGUCUGGCCCAGGCCCCCGUCCACCAGCCCCCACGCUCAGAGGCUUCCCUCAGGCCUCAGAUCCCCGCAGCCCUGCCUCUCGCUCAGGGCCAAGAGCCUUCACAGGCCCCCCCGCCCAGGCCCCAGCACCAGCCUGAGCCCCUGUCCCACCCCCGGCCCCAGCACCAGCCUGAGCCACUGUCCCACCCCCGGCCUCCGCCCAGGCUGCACCCACACUCCGCCCUACUGGCCCACCACCCCAGCCAGAGCCAGGCCGGGCCUCAACGCCUCCCCUCACACUGUGGGCCCCACCCUCGCCCCCUGUCUGCCUACAGCAGCAGCCUUAGCCUUAACGGCCUCAGCAGCAGUCGGAGCAGUACCCCGGGCGGUACCAAGCCCCACGGCCCUGCUGGUCCGUCCCCACACCUACCCCACCUCCUGCCUUCCGGCUCCGUCGCUACAGCCACAGCCAUCCCCCUGCCCCUCCCAGCUAAUCAGAUUGCUCCCCACGGCUUCCCCCCCGCCCUGCAGUCCUCGCCACACCCCCACCACCCCAAUAUGUUUGCGCCUCCACCGGCCUUGCCCCCACCUCCACCACUGACGUCUAGCACCCUGCCAGUCCCCGGAGGACACCCCGCCGCUGGGACGCCCUAUUCAGAACAAGACCUGCUGCGCCAGGAGCUCAACAACCGUUUCCUCGCCUCGCAGAGCGCCGACCGCGGGGCCUCCCUGGGUCCGCCCCCGUACCUGCGCACCGAGCACCACCAACACCAGCACCAGCACCAGCAUCAGCACCAACACACGCACCAGCACACCCACCAGCACACCUUCACCCCCUUCUCCCACACCAUCAUGCCAACCCCUGCACCCCCCAUGGUGCGUACCCCAGCCAGAAAUUUUGAAAAAUUCCCAACAAAAGUUGACCCCUUCUACAGACACAGCCUGUUCCACUCCUACCCCCCGGGCGUGUCCGGCAUUCCUCCGGUGAUCCCUCCGACUGGGCCCUUUGGCUCGCUGCAGGGGGCCUUCCAACCCAAGACUUCUAACCCACUGGAUGUGGCCUCAAGACCUGGAGCAGUCCCACACACACUCUUACAGAAGGACCCCAGGCUAACGGAUCCGUUUCGGCCCAUUCUCAGGAAACCGGGGAAGUGGUGUGCCAUGCAUGUCCAUAUGGCCUGGCAGAUCUACCACCACCAACAGAAAGUCAAGCAGCAGAUGCAGGUUGACCCGCACAAGCUGGACUUCGGGCUCAAGCCGGAGUUCCUGAGUCGACCCCCUGGCCCCAGCCUCUUUGGUGCGAUGCACCACCCCCACGACUUAGCGCGUCCCGCCACGCUCUUCUCAGCAGCAGGUUCUACACACCCGUCAGCCGGACCGUUCAGCCACCCGCCCCACCACCCUGGCAACUUCCUCACCCCUGCAACUCACUUAGAGCCAUUCAGUAGGCCUCCCUCGUUUGGAGGACUCUCCUCUCUCAGUACAGCAGCCUUCGGUGGGCUUGGAAAUCCAGCACUAACGCCUAACUCUUUGUUUGGCCAUAAAGACAACCCCAAUGCACAGCAGCACUUCAGCAACAACCACGAGCCGUGGAACCGGCUGCACCGCACGCCACCCUCCUUCCCUACCCCUCCGCCCUGGCUCAAACCUGGCGACUCGGAGAGGAGCGCCUCGGUCAGCUCCCACGAGAGAGACAGAGACUCAGACAAGCGAGACACAUCCUCCAUCAACAAAGACGACAAGGAGAGAGAAGCCAUGGAGAAGCGUCAUCAGAGCCAUCCGUCCCCAGUCCCCAUUAACCCCAUCAGCCUGCUGGGUCACAGCCGUCUCCCAGAGCCCCAAAAGAACCACCUGCCCCCCAGCGAACCCCCCAGGGACAAGGACAAGCCCAAAGACCGAGACAGGGACAGGGACAGGGACAGGGAGCACCCCGACUCCUGGAAGGUCAACGGCACAGACGAGCACAAACUCAAAGAGAAUCACCACGUCGACAAGGAUACAACGCCAAUCAUCCACGAUGGGCGGGUGACUGAGGACAAGGCCAACGGCAGAGGAACAACCUCACCCUACAUCCGCCAGACCAGCCUGGACCGGCCCAACGGGGGGCUGGGGAGGGGGGAGAGAGAGGCCCUGAUGGAGAAGAAGGGAGAGCUGCCCUCUCUCUACGAGCACCACAAGAAGAACAACAACGAGGUGAAGGUAAAGGAGGAGAGGAAAGAGCAGGACAGCCCUACGGACAGGGACAGACCCCCCUCUCACCCUCACCUCCACCCACACCCGCCCCAGGUGCCCCCCACACCCAGCCUCCACACCCUCCCCCACCCCCCUUCCUCCAUGGCGAUGCCCAUGGGCAUGGCGGGCGUCCACCCCAUGAACAGCAUCAGCGGCCUGGAGAGGACUCGAAUGGUGGCCCCCUUCAUGGGCAUCAGCCCCAUUCCGGGGGCAGAGAGGUUCCCCUACCCAGCCUUCCACUGGGACCCCAUGAGGGACCCGUACAGGGCCCUAGACAUCCACAGACGGGACCCUCUGGCCAGGGACCUGCUGCUGAGGAACGACCCCCUGCACCGGCUGGCCGGGCAGCGCCUCUACGAGGCAGAACGCUCCUACAGGGACCGAGAGGCUCAUGACUUUAACCGUGACCACCACCACCCUCUAGCCCUGGAGCAGCGCCGGGAGCAGGAGGCCCGGGCACACUUGGAGGAGCGCGAGCGGUUGCACAUGCUCAGAGAAGACUACGAGCACGGCCGCCUGCACGCCGCCAUGCACCACCCGGCCCUGGACGGCCACCUGCCACACCACCACGCCGGCCUCAUGGUCCCCGGAUUACCCAGCAUGCACUACCCCAGGGUCAGCCCCUCGGCCGCCGCUGCAGCGCACGCCGCCCAUGCUGCUGCAGCCGCCGCCCACCAGAACGGUAUCCUGAACAAAACCCCGCCCACAGCCUCCCUGAGUGCCCCGCCCCCCCUCAUCCCCACGCUGGGUGGCAGGCCGGGCUCCCCCAGACGGACUACGCCCCUCACCACAGACAUCAGAGACAGACCAUCAGCACACAACCACAAAGACAUAGAGGCUCGGUGAGCAGAGUGGGGCGCAAAUCUCACCCUGGAUUGGAGGCAGACUACAGGCAUACUCUGCCCUGUGCCUCACAUCAAGCACUUAGCUUUGGAAAAACCAGACUGUACCAUAGCUGUGACAAACACCCACAGAUGAUGUUUUUGUCAAAUUUUAAAAAAGGUCGGGAGACAAAAUUAUGAAGAAAAAAACAGAUUUUACAAAGCUCUUUUUCCAGUUUGCUCCUGCUUUUUGUGUGUAUUCUUUCUCUUGUACAGAACGUGUCAUGGACUAUCCUGAAGGUGUGUAUGGUAAUAGAAACGGCACCCUCACAAAGACGUUUUGGAAUGUACAGGUACUUCAAUGCAUUGACAGGCAGCAAAGUGUGUAGAUAUGUGUACAGUGGACAUGCUCACUCCUUAAGGAACAAAUCAAGGUACAAAUAUGCAAAAGGGUGUUUUGAAAGCUUUACUUUGAACAAAUGUAAAUAGAGGACUAUUAUUAACGAGGAGGAAGUGCAGAAUGUGCUUUUUUCGGAUUGGUUUUUGCUUGACGCAGCUGAAAAAGGUUAAUAUUGUACCAGAGACCACCAUACCCCACAUUCAACUAUGCAACAAAUGUCUUGGCUUCCACUCUGAAAGCCAGCCUGGUCACCAUCCCAACUGACUCUAACAACACUGUAUUCUCUCCACAACUUAGAUCUCACAAACCCAUAAUAAUGUAUGUAUCACUGAAAUGAAAUCCACAGUAUGGUAUACGGUUGUGCAAACGUUAAAAAAAAUAUUAAAUAUGAUACAAAUGUGUGGUGACAAUCCUUAAAAUUCCUAUUAUAGAGCUAUUCUAUUUGCAGAGAUAUUCCAAUGCCUGAAGUCACCUAACACAGUGGUUCCCAACUUUUUUCCCUUAAUGUACCAACAACUGAAUUUUGCUCAGCCCGGAGUACCCCUGAAGUACCCCGUCAUGUGCAUUUUACCAGUAAGCCUAUGGUCUAAUGAGUCUUCUCAAGUACCCCCUGGAUAGGCAAAGUACCCCCGGUUGGGAACCACUGAGCUAACAGAGAGAGAAAAAUCGACAGAAAGUGAGAGAGAUCACUUGCCUAUCAAUUACUCCAACAACUCAACUCACACUACUCCCACCACCAUUCUUGUUUUGGAAAGAAUACAGCACAUUUACAAAAAUACCCCACAUUUUCCCUUCUAAAGGAGUGUAAAGUACGUGUUUGGAAAUAAGUUAUGUUGGUCUAACAGUGUAUUAAAGUGCUAUCCUAAGCUGUUGUAUCUACAAAAAUAAAAAAAGACAAAAAAGCCAGUCUAGACUAUGGACAGUUUGUUUCUAAUGAGCAGAUAUCUAUUUUAGUAGUCCACUGAAGGUUUAGUUGUGCGCUUCAAAACUCUGUGAGAGCCAGAUGUUGUGCAGUGUUUUUUUAACCCCACAUUAAAAAUGUCCACUGAAGCGGUAGUGGUUAGUCAAUGCAUAUUGCAAAGAGAUUGUAAACAAGAAAAGCGAUUUUGCUGUUUAUCAUGUACGUAAAAAAAAGAUGUCUUUCUAGAUGAGAAAAAAACAACAACAAAACAAACGAUGCGACUGAAUCUUCAGCAUGCUCCUCAUUUAAAAGUGUGUUAUGUAAAUUGUGCCAUGUUAUUAAAAAAUGUGAACUAAAAAUGUCUACUGGCUUUUUUAUGAC